AUGGGUCUGGUCGACUAUUCUGACUCUGAUUCUGAGACAGAGGUUCAGGCUAAGCCAGCUGCACCUCCAGCACAACCAGCCAAGAAACCCUUCCAAAAACUAGUCGGUUCUUCGGGCAAGAUCGUGGUAAACCUUCCUACCGUGAGCACCGAUGACGAUGACGCGAAUUCCAAUGCCAAUGCCGAUGGUCAACCCCCUACAAAACGUGCUAAAACCCUGGGUGGCACAAGUCGCUUCAGCGCGUUUGGCUCAUUCCUCCCACCACCAAAGAGGACUGCCGCUGUGAGCACGAACGCGAACGCGAACAAGAGCAAUGCACCUGCGCCAGGAGUACAUUUGAGGACGGCAGCUGAGCCAGCAUUUGUGAGGGAUGGAGGAAUUAGUGAUAAUAUGGAUGGAGGUGGUGAUGAUUUAGGGAAGAAGGAUACCAACGGACCGACGAUACCUGAGGGUCAGAAGCCGGCAGAACAGGUCAAGCUUGUUGGUCAGCCGCUGAUGUUCAAGCCACUUUCUGUGGCGAGGAAGAAGGCGCCAGUCAAGAAAAAGGAUAACCUCACGGCAAGCAGUGGGAUUGUGACUGCAGCAAAGAACGGGCCAGCCACGGCGACAGCACCAGCACCAGCAACACCUGAGAAGGCUCUCGAGCCGCCGGUCAAGAAGAAAGUCUCGCUAUUUUCCAUUAGCGAUGAGGAAACCAACCCAGCUGUAUCAUCGACAACUGAACAAGAAACCUACAACUAUGAACCCCUGUUCACAACCUCCGCUCCGCAAGAUGAGGGGAACGACUCAGCCGUCACCGCCCCCUACCCCGUUUACGAGGCCUACCCCCCUCCUGCACAAGUCCAACCUCAAUCUUGCUCUCAGCCCCAAUCAUCAGUCCCCGACCCUCUCAGCUCGAUCCCCCUGUCCUCCUCCGCCAGGCGCGACCUCUUCGGCCGCAGCGGGAAAAUUUCCGCGGCAAAUAUCAAAACAUUCGACAUGGAGCAAGAAUACAAGCACAACGAGGCUUUGCGUGCUUCUGGGCAGGCGACAGCGUACAACCCUGUUCGUGCAAUUGCCCCUGGCAAGCACAGCCUGCGGCAGGUGGUCCAGAUGGCGCAAAGCAAUGCUGGGGCCUUGGAGGAAAGCUUUGCACGACAGCGGGCUGCAAAACGGGAGGCGGGAGGUCGAUAUGGUUGGAUAUAG